GUGUUUGUUUUGGUGAUUUUAUAUGUCAACAUUGGCUUUCAAAAAUUGGAGACCCUGCCUUUAAGCAACACAUCCUAAAUCUGAAUGAAUGAAAGUCUUAUUAAAUACUUACAGAUGGUCUCCUGAGGGAUCUCCUCCUAGACCUGGACUAAAGUAUCUGCCAACUCCUGGACAGUCUCUCUCUCUCUCUCUCUCUCUCUCUCUCUCUCUCUCUCUCUCUCUCUCUCUCUUGUCACCCAGUAUUUCAACAGUUUUUGUUUUUGUGAGUUUAUUAUUGACCAUUUAAUAAUUAAAAAAGACAGAGGUCUGGAUCUCUGUGUCCUCAUAACUUACUACGGCCGUAAAUAGGACAUCAAAUGAGUAAAACGUACACAGACUAUUUAAACCCCAUUUGUGAAAGUUUCAAGUAGAUAAAUAUUGUGACAGCGAAUACUGAAUAUAUAUAUAUAUAUAUAUAUAAUGGUCAUGGUUUUAGAUUUACAGAAUAACACGUCUGCACAGGAGUUCACCAAGAUAUAUAUACGAUUAAAGUAUAUAAUGUGAAAGUUGAGAGAAUUAAAGAAACCAAGCAUGUUACUGGCUUCAGUAUACGUGACAGAGAAUUACACACGACUGAACUCUAUUGGUCGUGUUUUCAGAGCUAGAGAAUGUGAUGUGGUGAGAAAUCGCAGGAUCCUUUUCUCUAUGAUGUGCAUUCUUACUUGUCACAUCUGUACACAGAUGUUCAUGUUAUAUUUUUAUCCUGACAUUAGAACCUUGUGUUCAGGUGGACACUUUAUUUCUCACUGAUGGAAACACCUCAAUUCACUAUCAGAGAAAUAAAUCAAACACUUCAUCAUUUCUCUUCCAGUCUGUGGAUGUGUGAGCUGACAGAGGAAAGCUGUAGAGUUCUGUCCUCAGUUCUCAGCUCAAACUCCUGCAGUCUGAGAGAUCUGAACCUGGGUUACAAUAAACUACUGCAGGAUUCAGGAGUGAAGCUGCUCUGUGAUGGACUGAAGGAUCCACACUGUAGACUGGAGAUACUGAGGAUGGAGGGCUGCAGUAUUAGAGAUGAAGGUUGUGCUGCUUUGGCUUCAGCUCUGAGGUCAAACUUCUCAUCACACCUGAGAGAACUGGAUCUGCUCAAUAAUAAUCCAGGAGAUUCAGGAGUGAAGCUGCUCUCUGAUCUACUGAAGGAUCCACACUGUAAACUGAAGGGACUACUGUGA